AUGGCCUUCCCUCAGUUCAAGAAGCUUCCUGCUGAGAUCCAACGCAAGAUUUGGCUCGAGGCCCUCCCUGCGCCACGGAUCUACGAGCCAAACGACAACGCAAUCUGGAUAAGCAGUGACCAUCCCACUCGAUUCUACCGGGAGUUUCUCCCUCCUCGUGUCAGAGAGGCCUGCAAGGACGCGUACGAUGCGUGCAUGUCGGUUGGUCGUUUCACCUUCGGCUACUUUGACAAUUCCAACAUCCGGGGCCUCUGGUACAACGAGAUGCAGGACGCAGUCUACUAUUUUGCCUAUGACCAGUGGUACGACAACCCGUUGAUGGGCUUGAGAAAGAUCUACAUUUCCAUUGAAGUUGCUCUUUCCAUCUUCCUUGAGGAAGGGUUCACGGCCAAAGCCUUUGGUGCUUGUCGUCACCUUGUCGUCGCGCUAUACUUAGAUAAGCGGCAUGAGAUCGGAGAGAACAAGACUGGCAAUUUUGCGACGACGGUUCCGGUCUUCAGAGCUAUGAGAGACGACGAUAUCAUGGUUAAAGUGUCGGAGGUAGCGCACUUACUCGCAGAGCCGUUUCCGGAGCUGCUGAAGAAGAAGUUUCUGACCUGGGCCGACGUCAAGGGCAUGUUAUCGGAGAGGAGAAAGGAGAUACUCGAAAACUCAACCAAGCCUUGGAAUGCGUGGAUGAACAAGGGGCCCUUGCUCCUAGAGGCUGUGGAGGUCUUCAGAAAGCCGGACGUCGGGAUGGAUCCUGAAAGAUUGGUCUAG